UUUCUGCUUUCUGAAAUAAAAUUUGUAUUUAGAACACGUGCACGGUUUAAAUUUCAAAUCAAACCCUUUAUCGAUUAGUAUUCGAUAAAAGCAGAUAUUUUUCGCGCCUAACAGCACAUUUUUAGUACAGGGUGUUUAGAAGACUUUGUAAUGGGAAUUCAAUAAUGCAUCAACGUUCACUGAAAAGUGUAACCAGCUUGCAAGAUCCGGUACUUCGAGGCUACAGAGAAAAUUGCAUACUCCCUUUGUGGAAAAACACCAGUCCCUAAAAAAUGAAAAUCCCUAAAAAAUGUGCCAUCAGUUGUGAAUGUGAACGCGAGGAAUCUAGCUCUUUCUCACGCAAAGUGAUGUUACGUUAUAUACAAAUUACGUAGGAAUUUAAAAGGGCGAUUCAUGUAAUAUUCUUAACAGAACAAAUUAGUAACAACAGGGUGAUUCAUGUGGCCAGGAAAUACACAGCGCAGAUGUAAACAAUCAAAAAAUAAUAUUUUAGUAAAUGGAAUCUACAUUAAAUCACAAAUGGCCAUGGAGAAUAUAUGUCGAGUUUGCAUGGGAAACCACGAUGACAUGGUCAACAUUUUCGACGGCGCACCAAGAGUGGGACCUUCAAUCCCGGACAUGAUUGCCCAGUGGUCCGGCUAUCAAGUUGCGAAAGGGGACUCUCUGCCUGAACACAUUUGCGCAAGUUGCCUGGAGGAUGCGCACAAUGCAUUCGAUAUUCGGCAGACUUCCCAGAUAGGCCACCAAUUCCUGUGCCGAGUAAAAGUGGAAGCCGCCGAGGAAAACUCGCAGUAUAACGAAUUUUGGCAGGUCUCGAACACCGCGAGUGAUAAAUCAAAUUCUAGUCAAAAGUUAGAUUACCGAGAUAACCUAAUUGAAGAAGAUUUAGAUUUAAUUGAGGAAAGGACUGGACAACUAUUCCAGCAUCCCCAAAAGAUCGGCGCAGUAGAAAUUCACCUACUUAAGGAUCAAAUAUCAGUCUGUGCAACUGAUCAAACAGGUGCCUAUUUUCAAGGCGAAGAAUAUAGCGAAUUAUCUGUCGGUGAAUAUUUUCAAUCCAAUUCGAAUAUAAGACAGGCUAACACUAGUUCAUUCGAUCAAUCUAACUGCCACAUUCAGCAGGACAACUUCGGAGAUGAAGUUAUAUCAGUAGACGAAAUCGAACCACCCGUUGGAGAUGUUCGAGAUCCUUGUAUACCAAAGACUUUUUGGUUGCACAAAGACAACCAAGAGCGACCGCACAAUUGUUCCCGAUGUGGAAAAUCCUUUGCGCGCUACUGUAGUUUUAAGAACCACCUCAGGGCUCACGAGGAAGAAGACAAUGACUCUCCAUCAGAGCAUAAGCCACAUAUUGGUACAUUUCAAAAGACCAAAACACUGCAAGAUCAGAAAAGUGUUUCUUUAAAGCAUCAGGACCGUGUUUCAUCGGAUAGGCUUAAGCUUGCGUGCACAUAUUGCCCUAAAGUUUGUUCGUAUCGAGGUGAUCUUAUAAAACACAUACGUGUUCACACGGGGGAACGUCCGUAUAAAUGUAAUCACUGUCCAAAGGCAUUUAAGCAAAGCUUCGAUCUAAAGCGGCACACUGAGACUCACGGCACCACGAGACGACAAUUCAAGUGUAAUCUAUGUGCAAGUGCUUUCCUUGGUCACUCAAACCUUGUCGCCCACAUGCGGAAACAUGAGGAAAUAAUGCCGUUUAAAUGUCACAUAUGCCCAAGAGUUUUCAAGUAUUGCACAUCCCUAAAGAUACACAUCCGUUCUCACACCGGCGAACGACCGUAUUCAUGUAGCCAAUGUUCCAAAACGUAUAAGCAAAUAAGCGAUCUUAAACGACACAAAUUAAGCUUCCACAAGGAAGCUCAGCAGAACGGUCAGACUGAAGUGAAUCUCCGGGAUUUUAAAAAAUACGAAUGUACGCAUUGCAAUAAGAGGUUUGUGACUAAAUAUACUUUAGAGGUGCAUGCCAGGAUACACUCUGGCGUGAAGCCGUAUAGGUGUGAUAUCUGCGAAAGGACCUUUAAAUAUGUCUCAUCACUGAAAGUGCACACUAGAAGUCACACUGGCGAACGACCGUUUGUGUGCGAAUAUUGCCCAAAGGCUUUUGCUCAACAAAUCGAUUUAUGUCGACACAUCCGUAUCCACACAGGAGAAAGACCGCAUAAGUGUGGUCAGUGUGAGAGCACCUUUAUGGACCACUCUGCCCUCAAAGCACACCUUCUUGUUCACUCGGAGGAAAGGCCCUAUAAGUGCUCCCUAUGCCAAAAGGGAUUUAAGGUGUCGGCAAUUCUUAGUCGGCACAUGAGGACUCAUACUGGCGAAAAACCCUAUAAGUGCGACCAUUGCUCGAAGGCCUACGCAGAUCCCAGAUCUCUUAAGAUGCAUGUCCCGAUUCAUUCGAAAAAAUAACUUGGCAUUCCACCUGUGCUCGGAGGUCAUUUUAAGAACCGUGUAUUGUGCAAAUAAAUGUAAUUACAGUUUCCUAAGAGUUUUCAAGCUAGGUGAUAACUAUGUAUGAUAAAUAUACAGGUGAUAUUUA